AAAUCCUUCAAUAUCACACUUUCAUCGAUUCAGAUUGCGACACUGUUGUUCCCUUGCAUGUGCCCCUCAAAUUAAUUCCCCCACCUUCUCUUUCUAUUAUUUUUGACACUCUUAUUUAAUUUCCCAACUUCCUCACUAUAUAUAUAAUCUAACUUUAAUUGAAUUCAAACUUUCAAACAUGCCAGAAAAACCCACAAAAGUAAAUAAAAAGAUUGAAAACAUGCAAGAAAAAGUAAAACCCUCUUCUUCUUCAACUAAAUGGGUCAUCAUUUAUUCAUCGAAACUCCGUUAUUUCCUUAAAAUGCGUCGGUUUUUCACUCAACCAAAAAAACCCACCAAGAAACAGGCUUUACCUUGUGAAUUCGAUCAUCCUACUACCAACAAAGAUGAUAUAAACGAUGAAUUAUUAAUAGAACCGAAAGCGGAGGAAGAAGAGGAGGUAGUUAUGGAAGUAGAAAAGGAUGAUGGUGAUCGGGCCGAGGGCGUGGUGCUGCAGACGGCGGUGAAGGAGCUUUUAUUUGGGAAGUGGGAGGAAAAACAAAGCGCCGUUAAAAAGAUAAAGUGUUUGGCGUCGGAAAGUGUUAAGAUGAGAAAGUGUUUAGCUGAGUUGGGUGUUAUUCCUCCUUUGGUUUCUAUGGUUGAUUCUGACGUUGUUUCUCGACGCUUGUUGGCUGUUCAAGCCUUGACUCACCUUGCUGAUGGCACUUUCACGAACAAAGCUCUAAUAUUAGAGGCAGGCAUCUUAACAAAACUACCAACAAAUAUUGAAGAAAUUGAUGAACAAUUUAGCCAUGAUUUUUCUCUACUACUCUUGUCCAUAUCUUCACUACUAAACUCUCAAUUCCCUUUCAACCAAUCCACACUUUUUUCGUUCUUACUAAAAGUUCUCCAAUCAAAGAUAACCUCCGAAAAUUCAAAAGAAGCAUGCCUUGGCACCCUACACAAUCUCUCUACCAUGUUGGAGAACUCAGGACCAUUGAUCUCAAAUCGAGUCGUGGACAUUCUCUUAAGCCUACUAUCCUCGUCUAGGGAAAUUAUUUUGGAGCAAGCUCUAGCAACAUUGGGAAACUUAGUGGUAACAUUGAUGGGCAAAAAGGCCUUAGAAGAUAGCGCGAUGAUGCCAGAGAGUUUGAUAGAGAUACUAACAUGGGAUAACAUGCCUAAAUGUCAAGAGCUCUCAGCAUAUAUAUUAAUGAUCUUAGCUCACCAAAGCUCGAAACAAAGAGAUAAGAUGGCGAAAUCAGGAAUUGUACAUACUUUGCUUGAACUUGCCUUGUUGGGGAGCCCUUUAGCUCAGAAAAGAGCCCUAAAAUUGCUACAAUGGUUCAAAGAUGAGAGACAAGUUAGGGUUGGACCACAUUCCGGACCACAAACAAGGUUCGUUACACAGGGUUCGCCAAUGAGUGAAGGCGAAACUAGUGAAGGGAAGAGGUUGAUGAAGAAGAUGGUACAACAAAGCCUACAUAAAAAUAUGGAGGUGAUUACUAGAAGAGCAAAUGCUACAGGGGAGACCUAUAAGCUUAAGUCUUUGGUCAUUAGUUCAAGUUCUAAGAGCUUGCCUUAUUGAUUAAGAGAUUAAUUUUCAAAGCGUUUUUAGUAUGAAAUUUUGGGAUUCAACAUUGCACAUAGUUUUUAAAACCUCAGAUCAGUUUGUUUCUCUUGCUCAGAGAAAUUUAAUAGAGGGCAGAGGUUAUAGUUUAAUUUUUUUUGAAGAGGACUUGUGUAUUAUUUUAGCUGUAAAUUUGAAUUGUUGAUAUGAUCACAAAAUUUAAAGUAAAUUUUCUUCAUUCUAUGUUGCAAGUUUGCAACAGGUAGACUUAAGCUCUACAGUAAUAUUAUAUCCUCUAUUAUUGAAAAUUAAUAGCUAGCAAUGCUUGUCAUCCUGUCAUGUAUCACCAUUACUUUGGCAAAUAAUGUGGAAGUAGUACCAUGUCA